UCGACACACGCGACUCUCAAUGUCAACCUCUGUAAACAUUCAACACAGAGUCAGCCGAGAUGGACGGUGAUCCAGCUGUCGAGUCGCAGCUAGAUGGCUUCAGUCUCGUGCUUCCGCUUCCGUAUCGUGUUGCUUUGAUCAUUGUUUUGGGUGUUUGGGCUUGGGGGCUGAAUCUACACUACCUGCACUUGAUCAAGAUUGACGUGCCAUCCCUCAUCCGCUAUCCCGCUCGUAAUUCUCCCACCGAACCACCGCACCAUUUCUCGACAUACCGCCUUGCGACAAUCUUAACUAUACCCCUCGCUUUCUCGCUGUUCCUCUUCUGGGUCAUCACUCAUGGCAAUCCCGCCUCGGUCGCAAACUGGGAAAUACUACCCAAUCUAUACCUGCUCGUACUAGUACUUGCAUUCGUUCUGCCCAUCCAGCGCGUCUCACGCAGUGGCCGCUACCGAACUCUCGCUACCCUGAAGCGGAUCAGUAUAGGCGGCUUGGCCGAAGCCCACGAUGGCAAGUUUGGAGAUGUUCUCAUGGCAGAUGUCUUGACGAGCUAUGCAAAAGUCAUGGGAGAUUUGUUCAUUGCUCUCUACAUGUUGUUCUCCUUUGGAAGGAGUUCGACCGAAAAGCCAGACCGACAGGCUGGAGGACAAUACUUGGUGCCAUUCAUCAUUGCCAUACCCAGCAUGAUCCGCUUGAGACAAUGCUUGAUUGAGUAUUUCAGAGUUCGCAAGGCUAAUGCAAAAGCUGGAGGCAUCGGUGCUCAUGGCUGGGGUGGUCAACAUCUAGCCAACGCGCUCAAAUAUUCUAGCGCUUUUCCCGUCAUCGUUCUGAGUGCACUGAUGAGAGGCUACGACCCAGCCAAGAUUGGCAUGUCCGAGGCCGGACUGUUUCGUCUAUGGUUGUUCUUUGUGUUUGUCAACUCAUUCUAUUCGUUUUACUGGGAUGUCACAAAAGAUUGGGAUUUGUCUUUGUUUUCGACGUCCAGAGAGAGGAACGAUCCAGAGCACCCGUGGGCUCUUCGUCGAAACCGCUACUUCCAUGCCAAAGAGAUGUACUAUGGUGCUAUCUGCUUAGAUCUGAUGCUUCGUUGUACGUGGAGUCUAAAGCUCUCUCCGCAUUUGGACCAUUUCAACGAUUUGGAGGGCGGCAUCUUCGUGAUGGAAUUGCUCGAGGUGCUGCGACGCUGGAUAUGGAUCUUCUUCCGUGUCGAGACCGAAUGGGUGCGCAACACCCGUGGCCCGGCGCCAGACGACAUCCUUCUCGGCGAUUUUUCUCCAAACAAGAUAGACGAGGAUUGA